CGAAAACUUACUCAAGAAGCACCCCCAGCGCCGAGCUACAGCAAAAAACUUCGCCACGAAGACCCUGUCUCAACACUUUUCAAAAGCCCUCGCCUUUUCCCUUACUCCACCAUAGAAGAGGCGAAGCUCUCUGUCUGUGACCAAGACUUUGAGAAGAAGAAGCAGCUCUUAACAAUUGCAGGGUCGAAGCGACGAUCCGGAGUUAAUUCUCUGCACAGACCAAGUCCGAGCAUGGCAGCAACCAAGAUGAGUUUGAAGCUUCUUGUCGACAAGAGAAACCAGACCGUGCUCUUUGCCGAAGCCGGAAAGGACUUUGUGGGUUUCCUUUUCCAUUGUCUGGCUUUGCCAGUCGGAACUAUUAUGAGUCUUCUCGCGAAAGCAGGCACGGUGGGUGGCUUCUGCAAUCUUUACAUGAGUGUCGAGAAUCUCGGUGACACAUACAUUAAACCUAGAGAGAGAGAUGCUCUUUUGAAUCCUAAAGCACUGAGCUCUGGUCCAGAUGUUCUGCUCUUCUUGUUGCCCGAAGCUCUGCCUUCUGUGCCAAUUACCUACUACACUUGUCCUCGUAUUUCCAGCGAUUUCUUCAGUGUAAACAAUUCAUGCCGUAGCUGUGUGACGGGUUCCCCUUCUACAAGAUGUCCUGGUUGCAACGAAACGAUGAGCAAGAAAUUGUCAUGGGUUGUGGGACCAGGUGCUGAUGCCGCAUCCUCGGCUGAGGUACCCGGUGCGGAGGGUGGUUAUGUGAGCAGCGUCAUGUACAUGGUGAUGGACGAUCUGGUUGUGAAGCCCAUGUCCCCCAUCUCUGGCAUCACUCUCCUCAAGAGGUUCAAUGUGCACGAAAUCGAGGAUCUUGAAGAGAAGGUGGUCGACUUCGGCUUGGAUGAGGCCGUAAAGUUGUUGAACGCUUCGUUGCACUCCAAAACGGUUCUCACGGACAUAUUCAGCGGGAGGGAAUCAGCGAAACACUACUCUUCAACUCUAGAAACUAGUCUUUGUUAUAUAUUUGCUUGCUGGGGUAGUUUAUACAUGCUGGUUUGUAAGAUGCUGAUGAAGCUAUUCAAUCCCCAUCGAGAAUUCGACCAAAAAAAAAAAUCCCCAUUGAGAAAAUUAGUUUCGGAAGGAAGGUAUUUUUUAGAUUGGUCUAAUUCUCUUGACAGGUCAAGAACAAAAACAAGCAUGGCAGCAACCAAGAUGAGCUUGAAGCUUCUUGUUGACAAGAGAAGCCAUACGGUGCUUUUUGCUGAAGCUGGAAAGGACUUUGUGGAUUUCCUUUUCCACUGUUUGGCUUUACCAGUUGGAACUGCUAUUAGUUUUCUCACCAACGCAUGCACAGCAGGUAGCUUAGGCAACCUCUAUAAGAGUAUUGAGAAUCUCAAUGACAUAUAUUUAAAACCUAACCAGAAAGAGACUCUGUUGAAGCCCAAGCUACCAAGCAGUGGUCCAGAGUUCCCGUUAUUAUUACCUGAAGCUUCAUCUUCUGCACCAACUAACUACUACAGAUGCUCUAAUUCUUCAGCUUCAAAAUGUAACUACAUCACUGAUGCCCCCUCAGCAAAAUGCCCUUAUUGCGGUUACAGUAUGAGUACCAGACUUUCAUGGGUUGUUGGGCCAGCUGCGUCAUCCUCGUCUGAGGCAUCUGGCGGUGAGGGUGGUUAUGUGAAAGGCAUUGUAACAUACAUGGUGAUGGAUGAUCUGGUCGUGAAGCCUAUGUCCACCAUUUCUUGUAUUACUCUCAUCAACAAGUUCAAUGUGCAGGAAAUUGGGGAUCUUGAAGAGAAGGUGAUAAAUUUUGGGAUGGAUGAGGCCAUAAAGCUGUUGAGCGCUUCAUUGCACUCCAAAACGGUUCUCAUAGACAUAUUCAGCGGGGUUCUCACAGACAGAUUCAGCGGGGAAGGACCUCAGUGAAACGCUAUUCUUCAACUUCGGAAACUUUUC